AUGGGAAACUGCUUUGGUAAAAGAAACAAAGGUGGACACACACUGGGUGGAAACACAACGACAUCAGCUGCAACACCAGGCUCUUCACAAUCACCCACACAGCAACAACAAGGUUCCCAAAGAGAUGCAAUGCUAGCUGCUGCUGAAAGACGACGUCAAGAAGCUGAAAAUCGUGGAGUGAAACAAGGUGGUGCUGGUGGCAAGUUGAGCAAGCAACUAGCCGAACAAAAGCGACAGAACCCAAUGCAAGCAGAUUCGAAUGAACUACCAGAAAGGAUGGUCUGGGAUUAA